ACCUACACCCGCACGGAGAGUCUCUGCUCUCGGGAUGUGCGUUAACGCUACAGAGACCCUCGAAUAAAAUGGAGACAUAAAACGCCAUGCAUCCAAAACAACCGCGGAUACCGACGCUGUCGCCUUAUUCAGUGCAUUGAGACCCGUAUCGCCGCGUAAUUAGCUGGAGGGAGGGGGAUUAAAAGGAAAAGGGGGUCGAUCAUGGGGAACGAAGCGAGCCUGGAAGGCGGUGAAGGGGCGCUCACUGGAUUACCAGCGGGACUCGCACCUGACGGAAAGGGUGGCUUCAUCCAGAUGCCCGCAGGGGUGGAGGCAGACCUCAGCAAUCUUUCUGAGGAUGAAAGAAAGAAGCUUGUGGCCGCUAUGGCCAAAGCGCAGUCCAGGCCACCAGAGACUCAAGCUGGUGGCACCCGAGUUCCAGCUCGUCUCAGUAAGAGUAGGACUGUAGAUGCAUUUGGAGAGGGGCCACCUCCCAAGCCAAAGCCUGGACGGAGCCCCUCAUCCCUCAGCCUCCUUGAGUCACGUUUCCGGCAGGAGCCAAAAGACCCAGAACAACCACGAACUGGCAUGUUCUCGUCUGGCUUCCUGAGUGGGGCCAACCCCCUGAGUGCAGUCUCUUCUGCCGUCUCCUCUGCCAGCAUCCCAAAGUUUAGUUUGUUUGGUGAUGAUGAGGAGGAGCAGUCUGCAAAGCAAGAAGGAAAGCCUCCGGGACCACAGAGUGGAGCGGGGAAGGGUCCUCCGCAGCAAGGGGUUAAGCCAUCUCAGCAAGGUCCCCCUAAAGGACAGGGACCUUCUCAGCAACAACAAGGGCCUAAACCUGGAGGACCUGGACCUCAACAGCAAGGGCCUAAACCUGGCGGACCAGGACCUCAACAGCAAGGGCCUAAACCUGGAGGACCAGGACCUCAACAGCAAGGGCCUAAACCUGGAGGACCGGGACCUCAACUGCAAGGACCCAAACCUGGAGGACCAGGACCUCAACAGCAAGGACCCAAACCUGGAGGACCGGGACCUCAACAGCAAGGACCCAAACCUGGAGGACCAGGCCCCCAGCAGCAAGGGCCUAAACCUGGAGGACCAGGCCCCCAGCCAGGAGUUGCAGGAAAACCCAGUGGACCUCAACAGCAGGGCAAACCUGGGCCGGGGGCUCAAUCAGAAGGGCCUGGUAAAACUGGGCCUGCUCAGGGGAAAGCAAUGUGUCCUCUUUGUAAGUCUACAGAGCUGAAUGUUAAAGUCAAAGACCAGCCACCCAACUACAACACCUGCACUCAGUGUAAACAGCAGGUGUGCAGCCUGUGCGGCUUCAGUCCACCAGAUUCAGCGGGUAAGGAAUGGUUGUGUCUGAACUGUCAGAUGCAGCGGGCGGUGGGGGGAAUGGAGCCUCCUGGACCUCCAAUGAUGAAACAGCCGCCUAAGCAGGGCUCGGCACCUCCUUCCCCACAAAGGACAGAGCCCCCUUCUGGGUCUCCCUUAAAGGUUGAGCCAGGGAAGAAGCCCCCAAUGCUAACUAAACAAAAGAGUAUUGCUGAUACAGGGAAAGGAAGUACACCUCCAGCAACACCAAAACCAGGACCACAUCAGGCACCUCACCCUGAUCAACUAGGGGCCAAACGUGUGCAGCCUCCUCCUCUUCAAAAACCUUCACAGAGCCCAAAAGGUAGUCCCCAGCCUUCUCCAGCAAAAACUACCCCAAAACAGGAUGGUGGGGGCUUCUUUGGGGGAUUUGGUCUCGGAGGUUUGACAGAGGUGACAAAACCUUCUGCGGGUGCAGAGUCAGUCACAGGGAAACUCUUUAGUGGUUUUGGUGGGUCGUCCAAACCUCAGGCUGGCUCUGCAGCACAGGCUAGCGAGUCGGUCACCGGCAAACUUUUUAGCGGGUUCAGUGGGCUCACUGACUCAUCAAAGCCUCCGGCAGCAAGUUCUCAGGCUGCCGAGGGUGUUUCUGGAAAGAUGUUUGGUUUUGGCUCAUCCAUCCUGAGCUCUGCCACUAAUCUCAUCUCUGGGGAGGAAUCAAAGUCUCCCCCCGAUUCUCCUUUGGGAUCGCCGCCUGAUUCCCCCAUUGUGUCCGAUGCAGACUCCCCUCCUGGAUCCCUCCCUGACUCAGGCUCAGAUUCACCUCCUGACACGCCACCUGCUUAUUCCAAAGAACCAGUAUCUCCAAAACCAACUGCUGAAGGAAAAGCAUCAGCGGACACAUCCCCUCCAAAAUCUAAAGUAGAGGAGCCUCCAAUUCAAGAUUCAGGCUCUGACACCCAGUCCUGCUGUCCACUCUGUAAAGUGAAGCUGAAUGUAGGAUCAGGAGAAUCGCCCAACUACAGCAUGUGUACAGAGUGCCAGAAGACUGUGUGCAACCUGUGUGGAUUUAACCCUACUCCACAUCUCUCAGAGAAAGAAUGGCUCUGCCUAAACUGCCAGACACAAAGGGCUCUCUCUGGGCAACUUGGGGAUAUGCCACCUCCACCUUCUCCAUCCAAGCUACCAGCCAAACAUGAACCCACCCCUCCCUCCUCCCCAGCCCGUGCCGUAUCCUCCCUGCCUUCCUCUCCUGCACCCACUGCCACCCCUGCCAAAGGGCUUACACGGAUGCCCAGCAUUACUCAGGCCCUGGAUGACAAGUCUGAGCCAGUCUCAGCCAAAGUCGAUGCUAAAGAUGUCAAAAAUACAGAUACAGAACAAGGGGUUACAGCAGAGCCAAUACCGAAUAGUACACAGAAAAAAGAAGAGGCUGCUGUCUCAAUAAAAGACAAUGAGCUACUGAAGGAGCCUAUCGAGAAAGAGAGAGAAAGCAGCCCCACAAGUCCUUCAGACCUGGCCAAGUUGGAAAGUACUGUCCUCCCAAUCCUAGAGGCUCAGACAUCAUCAAAAGAGGAAUCACAAACUGAAACUCCAAAAGUCAAGCGUCGACUGGAGGUGUUGCCAAUGUCUCCAGUGUCACCCAGCUCGGAGGAUGACCAACAUGAAGAAACUAAAGAGCAAAGGAACAAUGCUCCAAAAAAAGAGAGGAAAAAGCUUCUGGUUCCAACUGAUUUUCAAGGUGAUUCUUUUGAGGAAAGUAGUGAGGGAGAACCUUCACCUAAACUACAAAGCAAAAAUACUUCUGGAGAUAACAAAGUAGAAAUGGAGAGUCCAAUGGAUGAAGAGGAUUUUAUCAGGAAGCAGAUCAUAGAGAUGAGCGCAGAUGAAGAUGCAUCACCGUCUGAUGAAGAAAACCUUGCCAGACGUAAAAUCAAAGAUCAAGAGAAGAAGCAAAUGGAACCGAAUGCACAAAAAGAGGUAAAGGACAAAAGUGAAUCAGGCAAGUCCAGACGUCUUCUCAAAAAUAGUAGUUUCAGUCCAGAAGAUGAACCUGAACAAAAGAGUAUUAUCUCUGUUACUAAAAUUGAGGAACUAGCUAAAGGAGAACAACCUUCAGUAGACAGUGGAGCUGGCAUACGGCAUUUCAAAACAAUUGAGCUUAACAGUACAGCAACUGUACGUCAGACAUCAGAUGACGGUGAGCUAGAAAGCCUAACAGACUCUCCCGAUGACAGGUCAAGAGGUGAAGGCUCUUCCAGUUUACAUGCAUCCAGCUUUACCCCAGGAACAUCUCCAACAUCUUUGUCUUCUCUUGAUGAAGACAGUGACAGCAGCAGCCCAAGUCAUGUUCGGUCUAGUGGUGAGGGCAAGCAGCAGAGAAAAGCAAAGCACCGGCAGCCAGGUCAGACGCUCCCUACCAUUGAGGAUUCAUCAGAGGAAGAGGAGCUGCGAGAAGAGGAGGAGCUUCUGAGAGAACAGGAGAAGCAAAAGGGCACAGGAAAAAAGUCAAAGAAAGACAAAGAAGAGAUAAGGGCACAUAGAAGAAGAGAAAGGCCCAAAACUCCACCAAGCAACCUCUCCCCUAUUGAGGAUGCUUCUCCCACAGAAGAGCUACGACAGGAAGCAGAGAUGGAGGAAAUCCGCAGGUCUUCCUGCUCAGACCUCUCCCCAAGCAUGGAGUCAGAACCAGAGAGCUUUGAGAUACUACCAGAGAAGAUUGUUGCUGUCCAAAAAGUGUAUCAGUUACCAACUUCGGUUUCACUGUAUUCUCCAACAGAUGAGCAACAUGUUGAUAAUCAGUUCAAAGGAAGGGGAAAGCCUUCAUUAAAAAGUGCAGAUGAGGUAUAUGAAGAGAUAAUGCUCAAAGCCAAAUCUCCAACUAAUGAGGGAAACAAACCCCCACCCGGUAAAGAAUCUCUUUAUGGAGGCAUGCUGAUAGAAGAUUAUGCGUAUGAGUCUCUUGUUGAUGAUGCACCCUGUGAGCAAGAGCCAGACAAGCUUUUUGUGUCAGAGAAACCCCCCAAAAAACUGAGAUCACCUGAUGAGGUUUAUGAGGACAUGAUGCAAAGAAAGAAAGACAUAAUGCUUAAAGAACAUGAGCAAACACACAAUAAGCCAGAAGAAGAUGUUUCUAAACCAGAAACUGUGGUUUAUGAUACUGACUCAAGCAAAGACACUAUGUCAUCAAGCAACACAGGCCAGUCUAGGAAGGAUGGAAGGCCAUUAUUAGAUGCAGAGGCAGCCUAUGAAGAACUUCUGAAGAAGCAAAGAGCAGUGCUGACUCCAGGAACCAGUCCAACUCAAGCAGGUCCUGAUUUGACUGCCAUGGCACAAGGGUCAACAAUAGCCCAAGUUGAGAAAACUGAGACAACACCCCUACGAAGAAUACUGCCUAUACCUGAUCUGAGAGUGACACAGUGUUCAUCAGGUGAAGAGGAAUCUGGAGAAGAGAGCAUUUCCGAUCAAACACAGGACUCUAAGAACGUUUCAGCUACAAAGACUGAACCAGAACCACUUGUGGAUGAGGCUUUCCAGAAAACAUCAGUCUCAAAGACAGUUGUAGAAGAUUUGUCACUACAAAGAGAAGUAGCAUUGCCUGCCAUAUCAAGUGACUCACAGGAUGCCACAGAGAAAGAUGUAGAAAUUGAUCAGACAGGUGUUGUUGACUUGUCCAAGUCACCGGUCCCUACUCAAAGUGACUCUGUUACAGCACCAGUUCCUAGUGUCAUUUCAAGACAGUCAGCCCCAGUAGUUGUAAGUGUAUCACCCUUGUCCACUGUACCGCAAUAUAUCGUAUCUACUAUACCUGGUGUCGUAUCAACUGCUCCACCAGUUCCUCCUAAACCCAUAGUACUGCGCAGGGCUGCAUCUUUAGAAAAAGCAGACAUCCCAGUUCCUCCACCCCUCCCUCCUCCAACACUGCCCAAACCUUCUGUGUAUCCCAAAAAGACUCCACCUCAGGUCCCCCCAAGAACUACUCCAGUUGGCAUGCCAAUCACAGGAGACAGUGUACCAGUUAAACAGCCACUUGCUCCAGCCUACAAGCCCCAUGUUCCUCCUCCUGUACCACCAAAGCCAUCCUCCAUCCCUGCAGGCCUAACUUUUAGUCACAAACCAGGAGAGACUAUUAAACCUCCCAUAGCUCCUAAACCCAUAGCUGGUGUUCAGCCACCCAUUACAGUCCACACCCCUUCAAGACCUACCAUACUGAGUACAAGCAGUGCAGACAGUGUCCUUAAUCUGAGUCCUUCUGCAGAGAGUAGGAUGGGAACCACAUCUCCCCUGAGGUCCCCUACAUCACCCAGGUUUGGAAAGGUUUUACGUGACACUUAUGUUGUUAUUACUUUGCCAUCUCAGCCCGGUUCACCUACAGAAAGUAUCACAACUCAAGCCUCAAUAAGUCCUAGCCAAGAAUCCCCUCAGAAACUGCCUCCUACACCACCUCAACCACCUCCACAGUCACAAACAGCAAGAGUACCUUUGGCAUUCACACGAAUUACUGAAUCUAUUGAAAGUCAAGAAAUAUGUGGUCCAGAGAAGGUAGUUUCUAGCAUGAGUCACGUAUACGAGGCUAUUUCAGCCUCAACGCAGCCUCAAUCAAUUACUCCAAAUGUUGGUGUUCAGGUAGUUACCACUGAAGUCCAAAGAACCACAGUGUCUGUUGUGCAUGAAAGAACUCCCCCUCCACAUCCCAUUCCAAGAACCACUGGCAUCUCUGUUGUAAAAGAAAACUCAAAACAUGAAUCAGUUCAAGCUCAGAAUGGCCAUGCCUACCAUCCUGGUGAGGUUGUGGAUCUCCGAACCCCAAAGAUAGAUGUAGAGACAUCCAUAAAAGGUGUGGAUCUGUCUUCCUCUGAGUCAAGACGACUGUCCAUUCCUAUUGAUGGUGGUGGACGUCAGCAAAGUGCUGUGCAGCCAUCUGUAGUAAACCUAAGCACUGAUGCUUCCUCAGUCUCAGUGGUUACUGACAACAUCACCAUCCUCACAUGCACAGCCACUGUAGCUUAUGGUAGUGAUGCAUCUCUGUCUACAUCACUGCCUCUCCAACUUACAACAGCUAAAUCCUUUGAGCCUGUGACUCAAAUUAUUUACAGACCGGUGGCUUCUCAACCAGAAAAACCCAUAAAUCUCUCUACAACAAUGGGUAAAACUCACUCUGUUCCUGUAACAAUAGCUCCUACAAUUGCAAACAAUAGCAUUGGUGCAACUUUACCUCCUCGCCUAGAAACAGGUUUAUCAGGUGCAGUUGAUCUCACCACAGUAAAACCUGCACAAACCAUGGUUGCAAUGAAUGGAUCCACUGCAGAGGUGGUCACUGCUGUAAUUACAGAGGAAGAUGGAAAACCAGUUGAUCUUACUGCUGGAAGAAGAGCAGUCUGCUGUGAUGUAGUCUAUAAGCUUCCUUUUGCAAGUAGCUGUACAACUCAGCAGCCUUCAGCUCCUUUACCAGAGGAUCGUUUUGGCUACAGAGAUGACCAUUAUCAAUACGAUCGUACUCCUUAUGGUAUGAGAGGUCUUGGUGGCAUUAAACCCUCUAUGUCUGACACAAACUUGGCUGAGGCUGGUCUCUUCCUAUAUAAAAGUAAGCAUAGCUUUGAUUACAAGGAGGCCAUUGAAGGUGCUGUAGACCUGACAUCGGGAAAAAUGUUAGUGACAGGUGAAGCUGUGGACUAUUCAAGCAAAUCAACAGGAGUGUGCACUGGAAUGACAGUUCCACAGUACACACAAGCCAGGAUUACUUCAGCAGUUGGAACCCACUAUGGGAUUUCUAGCGUCCUAAGAUCUUCCAAUGGCAUUGUUUAUUCUUCUGUAGCAGCACCAGUUCCUUCUACAUAUGCCAUAACCACCCAGCCUGGUUCUAUCUUCAGCACAUCCUACAAUUCUCUAUCAGGCAUGCACACAAGUGAUACUAUGCCAUCAUUGUCAACUCUACAGAAUCAACCUCUUACUAGAUCACACAGCUUUCUUUCAACCAUUGCUAUAACCACAGCAGAAGAACAAAGCAACUUACCCUUAAAUCUUGAGACAGGUGUUUCAAAGGCUGGCCUUUUCACAAUUCCCUCAGAUGUAGUUUCUACAGCCACCACAGUGGCAGGACUGGACACCUACACAAAUGCUUCACUUGAGGCAAUUGCAGCCUCUUUAGAGGCUCUGUCUUCACCUGUUGUUCCAGGAGACGGACAGUACCAGAUGGAACGUGAGCUUCUUGAGCUAGAGAAGAUGAAGCAGCAGCGCUUGGCUGAAGAACUUGAGUGGGAGAGGAAUGAGAUACAGCGAUUCCGUGAGCAGGAACAGCUUCUUGUGCAGAAGGAGCUGGAAGAACUCCAGGCCAUGAAACAGCAAAUACUAUGUCAGCAAGAAGAGGAGAGACAGGCCCACCUGAUGAUGCAAAAGGAGACUUAUGCUCAGCAACAGGAGCAGUUAGAGCAGAUCCAAAGACUCCAAGAACAGCUGCGACAACAGUUGGAGGAACAAAAGUUCAGGCAAAUGUAUCCAAGUGAAGUCCUGCCAGAGGCUCUUGUGUUGGUGGGAGAAAGAAAGAUGGAUAGUGGCUGUCAGACUGAUGAAGAGGAUAACACUGAAAAGGCCUACACUGCAGGAAGGAAGAAGAAAAGUACAAAGAAAAGUGUUGACAGCUGUGUACAGACAGAUGAUGAAGACCAGGAUGAUUGGGAAGUUCCUACUCGAGGCAGGCGCAGUAGACCACGUGGUGGUAAAAAUGGCAUAGGUGAAAGAGGAGCUGUUUCAGUUCAGGCCCUUACUGAAAUCUCUGUACAAACAGACUCCUCUGGAACACUAAGGGGACACUCUGUGCAGGUAGAUGCUAGAGUAGAUUAUCCUGACUCCGAUAGAACUUCCUCUCCAAAGAGACGCCCCACUCCACUUGAUAUAAGCCAGUCCCCUCAUCUCAAAGCAGAUGCCUCCACUCUCCAGGUUGUGCCAGGUCCUCCCAAAUCCCCAAAAGUUCUGUACUCUCCGAUUUCCCCUUGUGUAUCCCCUAGCAAAUCCCUUGAGUAUUUGUCCUAUGAGAAAUCCCUUGGAGAUACAAGCCCACAGAGAAUACGCUCUGCCACAGAUCUAUCCAAAGGUCCACCAACAAGUCCUAGGGCACCCAAGGUCAUACAAAGGUCAAUGUCUGACCCUAAACCAAUGAGUCCUACUGCAGAAGAGAGGGCAGCAGCAAAUUUCCAGUUUUCUGAGGGUUAUUCUGCAAAGGGAUCUCCAAGUGGAACUCCAUCUGGCACCCAAAAGAAAGUUAAAAGAACCCUUCCCAACCCACCAUCUGAGGAAGAAGCUGUCAAUGCUGGACAAACAGCCUACACCACUGGCUCAGCUCGUCGGCGUCUCUGCCGGAGCACCAACAUGGCACGUGCGAAAAUUCUGCAGGACAUUGACCGCGAGCUUGACCUGGUUGAGAGAGAGUCCUCCAAACUGCGUAAAAAGCAAGCUGAACUGGAUGAGGAAGAAAAGGAGAUUGAUGCCAAGCUGCGAUACCUGGAGAUGGGCAUUAACCGACGAAAGGAUGCAUUGCUCAAAGAAAGGGAGAAGAGGGAAAGGGCCUAUCUGCAGAGUGUUGCAGAGGACCGUGACUACAUGUCUGACAGUGAGGUGAGUAACAUUCGUGAGACAAGAAGUGGAGAGGAGGCCGGUGGACAUGGGCUUGAGAGACCACGUACUGCACCACAGUCAGAACUUGAUGAGUUUGUUCCUCCACAGACCAAGCACGACCAGUACGGAAAGUAUUCCCAGUACCAGUACUCACAGUACCAGCAGUCCCUGUACCAGCCUCAGUUGCCAUACCAAUCUCAGUCCAUCUACUCUUCUGUUCCUUCUCUGACUGCCUCACAACAACAGAGCUACCACCAAAUGCUCUUGCUCCAGCAGAAAGCCAGACAACAAGCUGCUCUCCUCUCUGAAUUAGAUUCUACCAAGAUUGCCGCCAACUAUGACACCUCAUCUUACUUGGGAGGAAAAUAUGGCAACCACCUUGACAUGCAUAGCUUAGAAGAGCGUGCUGACAGCAUGGCAGUCAGUCCAAUGUCCAAUGUAUCUGCUGACUCCUUCUAUGCAGACUUAGAUCCACAUCAAACACCAAGGAGCUACAUGCUUUUAGAAGAUGCAGCAGAACUUGCAAAGAGCACUGGUAGCCUUUCAUCCACCAGCUAUGGCAUAGCUGAGAGGGAGCUGGCUAAAGCAGAGCGUCUUCUGAGACAUGCUGCUGCAGAUGUUGGUACAGACUACUUGGGCAGCUCCUCCAGACUUCAUUCCUAUGGUAAGGCCCAGGAUGAAGAGGACCCAAUGGAAGAGCCAUUUGAACUGAAGCUUUUAAAACAGCAACUGAAGCAGGAAUUCAGGAGAAGCACAGGGGGCACUGAAAGCUUAGAGCAGCUUGCUGGACUCUCACAUCACUAUACCCCCAGCACUGGAGUGUCUAGUGGAGGUUACAGGGCCUACCCUAAAACUGAGAAGUACAGCAUCAGUAGACUGACUUUAGAAAAACAGGCUGCCAAGCAACUCCCAACAUCUGUGCUCUACCAGAAACACAAAACCACCAGUAACAUUGGCAAGUAUUCCUCAAUGCAGGAUAGCAGGGGUCUAGAAACAGACUAUAGUAGCUACUUGGGGUCCAGUAGUGCUUCUCCCAGGUCAAGCAGACUUCUACAGGAUGAGAUCACCUUUGGGCUUCGCAAGAAUAUUGCUGAACAGCAGAAAUACCUGGGCUCCACACUUGGAGCUAAUUUGGCAGGUUCACUUAAUCUGGGCCAAAGCCUGAAUCUGAGCCCAGGCAUGAGAUCCUCUUUGGGUGAAGACUCUGCUUACCCCAGUGGAAGCAGGUCACGGCCUUCAUCUAGACCCUCCUCUGUUUAUGGCCUUGACCUGUCCAUUAAAAGGGACAUCUCAAGUUCUUCUCUGAGGCUCAAAGCAGAAGGUGACCCCUCCUCAGAGACCUCAGCUUUCCAGACUCCAUCAGGGAGGACAAAACCUACAAGCCUGCCCAUUGUACAAAGUGGGCGUGGACGCAUCCCUAUUGUGGCACAGAACUCAGAAGAAGAGAGCCCACUGAGUCCAGUGGGUCAGCCAAUGGGUAUGGCACGGGCAUCUGCAGGUCCGCUCCCACCCAUAUCUGCUGAUUCUCGGGAUCAAUUUGGGUCAUGUAUGUCCCUCCAAGACCCUCAACAGCAACAUCUCAGAGAAGAUUCUUCAAGAGGACGUGGCUAUGUGCUAAUGGAUGAUCUGCAGGGCACCAUGUCUGAUAGUGAAGCACUAAGUGAAUCCCUGGUGGGUUUGUGCAGAGACGAUCCAGGAAACUCACAUGAGAAUGUCACAAACGCGUACCACCUGCGACGGGAGGAAACUGACUGGUUUGAUAAACCACGAGAUGGACGCACAGAAAAUGGACAAGGGGUGGACAGAAGACAGGGAAAGUCAUCACACUACCCGUUUCCUCAUACCAGAAUAAAACUGCAGAGGGAUCCCAAAGAUCGUAGUGUAUCAGGAAACGGACUGGGCAUCCGUGUGGUUGGAGGAAAAGCGGUCCCGGGAAGCAAUGGGGACAUCGGUGCGUAUGUUGCCAAAGUGUUACCAGGAGGAGCUGCAGAACAGACGGGGAAGAUUGUGGAAGGAAUGCAAGUUCUGGAGUGGAACAGCGUUUGCUUGACUGGUAAGACGUACGAGGAAGUGCAGGGUCUGGUUGGUCACCAGGUUGGAGAGGCGGAGUUAUGUAUCAGACUAGACCUAAAUAUGCUGUCUGAUUCUGAAAGCUCCCACCUAGACCUCCAAGACCAGAACAAAGGAGACAGACCUCCGCGGUCACCAGGUGUAGACCCUAAGCAGUUGGCUGCGGAGCUGCAGAAAGUGUCCCAGCAGCAGCUCCCCUCCUCCUCUGCGUCAACACUGGAUAAAGCCUCAGCGUCCGCUGGCUCCAGUGCAGUUCCCAGCCCUGGCCAGCCUGGUUCACCCUCUGUCAGCAAGAAACGCCACAGCAAGACCUCUGAGGCAGCAAAAACUCAGUCCCACCCAGUGUCAGGAGAGAUCCAGCUUCAAAUAAAUUAUGACAAACAGCUGGGAAAUCUCAUCGUCCAUGUUCUUCAAGCUCGAAAUCUGGCACCCCGGGACAAUAACGGCUACUCGGAUCCAUUCGUUAAAGUUUACUUGCUGCCGGGUAGAGGUCAGGUCAUGGUUGUGCAGAAUGCCAGUGCUGAAAACAAAAGAAGGUCCAAACACGUUCAGAAGACUUUGAACCCAGAGUGGAACCAGACUGUCAUCUACAAAAAUAUCCACCUGGAACAGCUAAGAAAGAAGACACUGGAGGUCAGUGUGUGGGACUACGACAAGAGCUCUGCCAAUGACUUCCUGGGAGAGGUACUAAUCGACCUGUCCAAUACGGCUCAACUGGACAACGUCCCACGCUGGCUGCCUCUAAAGGAGCAGUGCGAGGGCGAGCAUCACCGGCGUUCUCACUCGGGACAGGGCCGCCAGCACUCACCCAAACCCCACGGAGGACACGGGACCCAGCAUUCCCCAAAAACCUCCGGCCACAGCAAGGAGGACUCGCCUAAAUCCUCGGUCAUCAAAAGCCGUAGUCACGGAAUAUUCCCUGACCCUGCCAAGGACACGCAGGUUCCCACUAUUGAGAAAUCUCACAGUAGCCCCAGCACGUCGAAGCCGUCCCUCUCUGAGGGCCAAUCCCGCCCCCACGGAGGCCCUCGUGCUCAUGGCAAAAGUGGCACGGCCCGGGCACACCUUGACGAUGCCUCAUCAACGGCCGAAGCUGGCCAGCAGCCCCGUCUCCAACCAACCCAAAAUGGCCGCCUCGACCCGAGGCACCACCGGCACAGCGUAGUUGGUGUGCUCACCAUUCAGAGAGCCCCGUCCGAGUCGCCGGCCAAUGAGAUCCCUGAAGGCCGACGCCUGACCCUCAGGAAAGCCAUGUCUGAAGAGAGGCCACAGCCGGACGGAGCGUCCCGCAGCCAUAGAUCUGGUGAUGCUCCUGUUACUGCAGCCUCAUUGGACAGCGGUCUGAGUGGCAGUGCCUUUAGCCUAUUGGAUGAAGAGGGCGGGACCAAUGCGGUGGAUAGCGCUAUCUUCCAGGUUCCUAGAUUUGGAAAGAUUCCAAAUGGCACAGAAGCUGGAAAUUCUGCUCAUGGAGAUACAGAGGGUAAGACUCAGGUGAUGGGGGAAAUAAAGAUCGCCCUGAAGAAGGAGAUGAAGACAGAGGGAGAACACCUGGUGCUUGAGAUCCUUCAGUGCAGAAACAUCACCUACAAAUUUAAGUCUCCCGACCACCUCCCGGACAUGUAUGUGAAACUCUAUGUGGUGAAUGUGGCCACUCAGAAAAGAAUCAUCAAAAAGAAGACCAGAGUGUGUCGUCAUGAUCGCGAACCGUCUUUCAACGAAACUUUCCGCUUCUGCAUGAACCCCACAGGUCACUCCAUUCAGCUUUUUCUUGUUUCGAACGGAGGCAAGUUUGUAAAGAAGACCCUAAUUGGCGAAGCCUACGUGUGGCUGGAUAAGGUAGACCUGCGGAAACGGGUGGUGAGCUGGCACAAGCUGCUGGCCAGCACAGCUCAGAUACACUCCUAAAGACGGCGGUCAGAUGAGGCGCGAUGACAGAACAGGCAGUGGAGUCGCACAUCUCUGCCGCACUCUUUGGGACUAAACUGAGCUGAAUUUGGAGGGCCUACACACAGGGAGCUUCCUGAUUGCACUGGCACGUGUGAUUGUGUUAACCCAAGCCAAGGAGAAACAGGUGUAUAAUGGUGUUUACAGGAAAGAUCUGACCUUUAGUGACAAGAUGCAGAUCUCUACGUUGGGAAAAAUUGAAAGCAGGAAAUUGACACAAUGUUCUUACGUGUAUGGGUACAUGCACUUUCACAAUCACUCACACAUAUUUAUACUGGUGUAUGUAUAAUGAUAUGUGUAUACAUUGCAUUGGUCCACAACAGACAGUUAGAUGAUAGAGUGGAAAUUUCCAGUAACUUGUAACCUUCCCGUUUGUGCAUUAUUCAUAUGAGAACAUUAUGAUUAUUUACAGAUAGAUAUCAUAUACAUUAUUUUUGUAUGAUAGAGACAAAUUCAGUUUAGAUAUAUUUAUCGUUAUUUUACAUUCCCUCCCAGAUGUUAUAUUGUGUUGAAAGAACUGAUAUUUAAAGCAUAUUAUCGAUGGAUUAGAAGAGUAUUUUAUGGUAUAUUAUAGACAGAAUGAAAUUAACGAAAUAGGAUUUAUUGGGUGUUGUGAUGACUCGUUGUGUCAGUACGGUUAUUUCCACUCACAGAAGUAACACUUUUCUCUUUCGCUGUGCGAUACUGAAUUCAGUAUACAGUUUCAGAGCCCUAAGACUCUAUGGAUAAAAAAAGUGGAUCAUAACAAAGAAUUUUAAAUGUUUAAGAAAACUGCCGUCUCUUGUGACUCACACGGAAAUUAAUAGAAAGUGUUUGCUGAUUUUUAUGAUUUGCUCAUUUGAUGAAUGUUUCAAGAUGAAAUAUCACCAAUAUGCAGCAGCGUCAGUUGAAAAUGUCAAAUCCAGCACUGUUAUAUGAUUUGCACUUUGUGUCUAGCAUUUUACGAAUGUAGGUUGAUAGUUUUAGUUUUCGUCAAAAAAGCGGAACAUCCUGCCAUUUACAACAGUCAAACACUGUCAACCCCCCACACAAACACGUGCGCACCGGUCUCUCGGAGGAUUAGAGUUUGAAUGGGUCGAUGUAGUGUCUGUCCAGAUGUUGAAGUCAUCAUAUUGCUGAUAUAAUGUUUUAUUUAAAAGGUUUUUUGUUUUUUUUACUCCUAAACACUCAGGUUUCAAUAAAAAAGCCUUGCUUAGAUGUUAUUGGUUCACCUUAAGGCGAUAACAAUGAGGAUCGGGGUGAUGACUUCACAACGUUUUCAUUUUUAAUUUUACUGAUCAUUUUGGCUAACUGCAAUUAUCUUCACGGUUUACAUCUAUAAGGAGACAUUGAGAUACUAAGCGCACCAUCUCGUACUUUCAGAAAAUUGUGGCCACUUCGCAAUGCAGACACUUAAAUCAAAUGCCAUUAGUGUUAUUUAUAUGUUUUUUUUUUAUGUUUUUAUGCCUUGAAACUUAGGAUAUGUGGAUACAACCUUUACAACACAUAAGGUCGAGCACUAUAUUUCACUCAAACGUCCAGCGUUAAGGGUUAAGUCGACCUUUAACCUGUGCCAAACUACCAAAAUCCGCAGGUUCUGUGUAUGUUACUCUAUGCAACCAAAAAUGCAUCUGGUGUACUUAUUGUUUAUUGGUCGGAGGACAGAUAAAGCAUUACGAAUGAGGACUUUUUUAUUUUUGUAUGUUUUUUUUUUCUCACAUGGUAAAGUUUGUUUCUAUAUAAUAAUAAUAUAUUGAUUGUGUCUUUUGCUUGAUGCUUGUUUUAUUAAUUUUUUAAUGCUAUUUUGAGGUCAUGUAACAAUGAGUUUGCAAAAACGUAGGUUAGUUAUCCUACUCAACUAUUUAAAUGCUAGUUAUGUACAUAACGAAAUGUGUGUUUACAAGAUCAUAGCAGACUGGUUCGUCAUUCUGGUCCUUUCAAACACAGUGUCUGGAAACACAACUAUCUCACUCACUCAGCAUAUAUACAAUGCGCUUUGAUUAUAUAUUCUGAUCUCCCAAAAUGUGUGUGUGUGGUUUUUUUUUUAUGUAUAUGUUUACAAAUUAGAUGAGGAAAAAGGCAUCAUAUAACAUAUUGUCACAUGAAUUCAUGCAGCCUCUUUUGAAUAAUUUGUGCAUGCCACACUAACUCUUUCACCUCUGCAAAACAAAGAAAUAUAAAAAAAGAAGCCAUGUAAAUAAAAAUAAUAAUUUUCUUUUUUGUACAAAUAUGAUCUUGUAUUAGUUUUCUGGUUCAACGAAGAGCAUGUGUGAGGGAAAGGAGCAGAGCGAUUGUGUUUUGAUCUGUGUGUUACAUGUUGUACAUGCACUAGGGUAAAGCUUUCCCCAUGCUUGCCUCUGAUGGACUGGACUUGACCUGCACAACAGACACCAGUUUAACCCUGUAUUAUAAAGAACAGAUGUUGACCUUACUGACUCAAAAGUAGAAUCAGGAAACGUAUGGUGUUUUCACUUUGGAUGUUGCAUGUUUUGUUGGUGGUUUGUUCAUACUAUUUUUGUGUCCAGAUUCUAUUUACAAAAAGAGAAAAAGAUUAUGAAAAAUUAAUCAAAUCUAAAUAUGUAUGCUGACUGUACAAAGAUAUGCUUGUAUAAUCCGUCUGGUUUUCCACUUAAUGUAAACUGAUGAAAAAAAAUCAAACUGUCAUGGUUUUUGUGGUUGUACACAAACGGUAUUGAUAAAUUAUGCAAAUUGUGCUGUAAUAAAAGGCUAAUGCCCCAAGUCAAAAUAUUAAAUAAUAUAUGUACAAAUUUC